GAAGCCAGGUAGUCAGUCACCCUCUGCAUACUGUGCACAGCAUACGAAGAGCCCAGAUUAUUCAACUUCGCCCCCCUCCCACAGGAACAAACACCAACCAUGUCCGGGGAACCAGAGCAGAAAAUGGCCGACACGGCAACUCACGAGCAAAAGUACGACGCCGAAAAAGAAAUCAAGCGUAACCCGCACGGCAACUUCAAAGAAGUCGAAGCAUCGCGGCCAGCGUGGGACGAAGGAUCGAAAUGGCGGUACAUGCAGACCAAAGACCCCAACUGGAAACCCGGACAAGGCGGCAACGAUGGAGGCGAGAGUCUUUCCAAGAAACACAUCUCCAUUGAUCCUUACGAAGAAGGACGACCUGCCGUGUUCAACUACAAGCUCCUCAUCAGCGCCAUCAUUCCGCGACCCGUAGGAUUCGUGAGCACACGAUCCAAGGACGGCUCCUCGACGAACCUGGCACCAUUCUCCUACACACAAGUAGUCAACCACGAUCCCCCCGUCUUCAUUGUCGGCUACGCCGGUGGCAUGUCCCAAGCCAAAGACAGCUUGCGAAAUCUGGUAGACACGGGAGAGUGCACCAUUAACAUCAUCAGCGAACACUAUCUGGAAGCCGCCAACGCCACCUCUGUCAACGCACCAUAUGGAAUUUCCGAGUGGGCAUUGACCGGUCUGACUCCCGCCGAGAGCGAAGUCGUGAAACCCUCACGAGUGAAAGAAGCCGUGUUCACGGUCGAAGGCAAGCUGAUGAACACGCAAGAGUUCGAAAGCCGAGCAACUCCAGGCAAGAAAACUGGCGUGCUCGCUGUGAUUGAGGGUGUGAGAUUCUGGGCUCGAGAGGAUGCAAUUAACAAGGAAAAGAACAUUCUUGAUCCAGCUGUACUGAGGCCCAUCGCUCGUCUGGGUGGUAUUACAUAUGCUCGUGUCACGGAAGGCAUCGAGCUCCCUCGACCAGACUGGGAAGAAAUGAAAAAGGAUGCCGAGCCACUAGGGCUGGUCAAGCCGAAGCGUGAUGAGCAAUGAACAAAAACGACAAAUUCCUACGCGGAGAGCGUCUGAAGGAGUCCUGAUCAUCAUCAUCAUCAUUAUGUAGAUAAAUGUAUAGAUCGAUAAUUACCCUAAAAAUGCGUCUUGUACAGCGCAGACUGCCU